GGAGCAGCUGUAAUUACAGGGCAUUUAUUAUUAAUCAGAUGAGAUUGUUGGAAGCAGCUGGUGUAAUGUGCGUGGAGAUACUGCAUGCUUCCCCCAACACACGUACACACGCACAUACAUGUCACACACAGCCUAAGUCUGACUUGUUUUUUGUUUUCUUGUGAAGGUCAGAUGGGUCUAUAAUUAUCUAUUCCGCUGUGUGUCAGUGUGUAUCUGUCUGUGUUUUCAUGUAGCCUGUCCCCUCUCUACUGCCAUUGUCUUUAUUUCAAGCUACCUGUCAUUCUUUGGCCUGAUGUCUGUCUGCCUUCCCUCUAUCUCCCUGCUUUUGGGCCUGUGUCUUGGUGUGUUGGUAUCUGUCACCACCAGCCAGCCUGUCUCUCUAACACACUGUUUUCGUUACUGGCCUUCUCUUGUUAGUGAUGGUUCUGGUUUCUGGGCAGGGUUCCAUGACAGAGUCCCUUUUCUUUCUCAUGAGUGUGCAUGUAGGCCCCUAAUCAUACCUUUGGCAGAUUUACUCUGGGACCUGUUGAGGAAGCAGUUAGACCCUUAAUAUCUCCUGGGGACUUGUAGAAGGUGAGGGGUCUAUUGAGUGGUCAGAAUUCAUUGAAGGUUUUCUGAAGUCCCAGGGCCCUUGCCAGUGGCCAUUUGCACCGUUUGGGAAGAACAGCUUUUGCUGUCUCAGUGUUCUCACUACUGAGUAGAAAUAAGGCUACCUCAGAAUGUUGUUUUGAUGAUUUGGCACAAAAAUGUAAGUUAAGGAGCUGGAGAGAUGACUCAGCGGUGAAGAGCACUAACUUGCUCCUGCAAAGGACCCAGGUUCGGAUCCCAGGACCCACAUGGCUUGUAACUUCAGCUAAAGGGAUCUGACACCCCUGACACUUCUGCAGCCUCCUGCACACAUGUGGUGCACACACACACACACACUUAGGAACAUGCACAUACACAACAUACAGUUUUGUUUUUAAAUGUAACUUAAGGGUUGUUCUGGCAGAGGACCCAGGUUCAAUUCCCAGGACCCACAUGGCGGCUCCUGUAACUCCAGUUCUGGGCAUCCAAACCCCUCCUCCGAUCUCCAAGGGCACCGUGUGCUCAUAUGAUGUACAUGUGUACAAGCAAAACACAUACAUAUACCCAGACAGAGUACUCAUGCACAUAAGGUAAGUAAGAAUAAAGGAAGGGUGUGUGUACGUUAAGCUGGGUGUAGGGGCAAACACUUUGACUUCCCUGAGGCAGGGGCCAGAAAAUCUCUAAUCUAUACAGGGAGAGCCUGUCUAAGGGGGUAAAUUAGCCGUCAGUUAGGACUUAAUGUAAAAACUGCAGAGCCAAGGACCUGGGCAGUUGUGAGCUGAUGCUGCAGAUAGGCUUAAUGAGUUAGCAUGGGUCCAGCACGACCGAAAAGAAUAAAUACCCUUAGCACUGUGUAAGUGGGUAAGAGCUACAGAGGCAGGCUGGCAUGGAAAGGUGGAGGGGGGAGGGGUACGGAUUCCGUUCUGGGCUCCAGGAGUGGUCAGACCUACAGUCUUGUGUAAGUUAUUUAAUAUCUUUGAAUGCCAGGGUUUUUUUGUUUGUUUGCUUGUUUGUUUGUUUGUUUGUUUGUUUGCUGUCAAGUGGCAAUUACGUUAGCACCCAUCUCAUGGAGGGAUCACCAAGAAGAGAGGAUGCUGCAAAUAUGGCUGCUUAAACAAUUCCGGCACAUGCUGGAUGCUCAGGAAGUCACGAACCCUGCCCCGUCACAUCAUCCCAGGAAGACUUUGGUCUGGAGAGGAGGAUAAUAUUGAUGUGUGUGGAGAACAGCUGGUGGUAACGAGAUGGCUGCUUCUGUCCCAUGGGCCUGCUGUGCUGUGCUUGCCGCUGCCGCCGCCGCUGUCUACACGCAGAAACACAGUCCACAGGAGGCACCCCACGUGCAGUAUGAGCGUCUGGGCGCAGAUGUGACGCUGCCGUGUGGGACAGCGAGCUGGGACGCAGCUGUGACAUGGAGGGUAAACGGGACAGAUCUGGCCCCUGACCUGCUCAACGGCUCUCAGCUGAUACUGCGAAGCUUAGAACUGGGCCACAGUGGCCUAUACGCCUGUUUCCACCGUGACUCCUGGCACCUGCGCCACCAAGUCCUUCUACAUGUGGGUUUGCCGCCGCGGGAGCCUGUGCUCAGCUGCCGCUCCAACACUUACCCCAAGGGCUUCUACUGCAGCUGGCACCUGCCCACCCCCACCUACAUCCCCAAUACCUUCAAUGUGACUGUGCUGCAUGGCUCCAAAAUUAUGGUCUGUGAGAAGGACCCAGCCCUCAAGAACCGCUGCCACAUUCGGUACAUGCACCUGUUCUCAACCAUCAAGUACAAGGUCUCCAUAAGUGUCAGCAACGCCUUGGGUCACAACACUACGGCCAUCACCUUUGACGAAUUCACCAUUGUGAAGCCUGAUCCUCCAGAAAACGUGGUGGCCCGGCCAGUGCCCAGCAACCCCCGUCGGCUGGAGGUGACAUGGCAGACACCCUCAACUUGGCCCGACCCUGAAUCCUUUCCUCUCAAGUUCUUCCUGCGCUACCGGCCUCUCAUCCUGGACCAAUGGCAGCAUGUGGAGCUCUCGGAUGGCACAGCACACACCAUCACAGAUGCCUACGCAGGGAAGGAAUACAUCAUCCAGGUGGCAGCCAAGGACAAUGAGAUUGGGACAUGGAGUGACUGGAGCGUGGCUGCUCACGCCACACCCUGGACUGAGGAACCUCGGCAUCUCACAACAGAAGCCCAGGCCCCCGAGACCACGACCAGCACCACCAGCUCAUUGGCACCCCCACCCACCACGAAGAUCUGUGACCCUGGGGAGCUUGGCAGCGGCGGAGGACCCUCCAUACUCUUCUUGACCAGUGUCCCAGUCACUCUGGUCCUGGCUGCCGCUGCUGCCACAGCCAACAAUCUCCUGAUCUGAGCCCUGCAUCCCACGAGGACAUGCCAGAGCGCCUGCGGAGGAGCAGGAGGCCGGAGCUGAGCCUGCAGACCCCGGUUUCUAUUUUGCACACGGGCAGGAGGACCUUUUGCAUUCUCUUCAGACACAAUUUGUAGAGACCCCGGCAGGCCCGGGCCUGCCUUCCGUCCCCCCAGCCUCAUCUCACCAAGCCGGCCCUCCUUUCCAUCCAGAGAGGAGGACCAUGCAGCUAACCCACCCACCAAAGACCCCUCUCAUCUUUCCCCCCUCGGGCUGGACCCUCCAACGCCAGCGACUCCCAGGAGCCCUUGGGGGACCUGAGGGGAGCCCCCACCCCACAUCCACAGUUUUCUCCUCCUGCCCCAGCCUCCUGUCUGUCCCAGGGUCUUUGUUGCCACCAUCAGAUUAUAAGCUCCUGACACUGGGGGGGCCCAGCCAUCCCCCUCCCCCCGGUGCCCACACUUUUCAGUCCUUCCACCUUUGCCCCUGUUUUGUACGAUCCUCCAUUGGCCCUUUCCUACCCCCCAGUAUUUAAUGUCCUGUCAGUCCCUUCUAGUCUGACUCAAUGGUAACUUGCUGUAUUUGAAUUUUUUAUAGAUGUAUAUACAUGGGAGGGAGGGGUAGGGAGUUCUCAUUAAACGUCACCAUUUCAUGA